AUGAAAACCACACUUUUCAACAAAAGUCUCGCUGUUAUGAUCGAUUUCCUUAGGGAAAUCGGAAAUCUGAUUGAAGCUGCCCAAGGAAAGUUAGAAGAAAGUUUUUGCCUCGAUGAAAACAUCCAGUCAUACAUGGCGAACAAUACAGAAGAUCCCGACGUACAGAUACUACACAAAAUAUUUGAAAAAGCCAGAGCCGAUGACCAAUCCAUGACUGACAACUUUUCGUUUACACUCGGAGACAUCCACAAAAGAAUUGGUAAAUAUAAGCGCAAAAUGAAGGAUACAUCCACAGACUGA